GAAAAGUAUUCGAGGCGACGGCGCCUGGAUUCAAUUUAGAAGUUAAAUAAUGUCUCGGGGAAAGAAACGCAAUCGACGGUCCCUGGAAGCUGAGGACUCCUGUGAAGAGAGGUAUUUCCUGAACCCGGAGUCAGUCAGCUGCCACCUGUAUUGUUCUAUAUGCCAGGAGGUAUUUGUUGAUCCACAAAGAGCACCAUGUGGGCAUAGCUUCUGUAAAAAGUGUAUCACACCCUGGCUUAAGCAGAGUCGUACCUGUCCCGAAGAUCGAAAACCUUUACAUCACGGACAAUUGCAUCAUGACUUCAUAUUGGAAAACAUAAUUGGAGAUCAGAUGGUUGCUUGCCCUUUUCGAAGAUCAGGAUGUGAGUUUGUUGGUCAGUUGACUCAACUCGUGAGCCACAAAAAAUCAUGCGACUUUAAUCCUGUAAAUGUCCCAGAUUUCAUCAAAAGCAAGGUUUCUCCAUUGUCACCAAGGAAAUCUGACAGCCCUCUUCUGGAACUAUCAAACAAUGAACUGGUGUCUCCAGGAAAACCUUCCUUAUUGAUGAGGCUUUUUAGAUCUGGUCAAGGAUCAAGACAGUUACUUUCAUCAAUGUUUGACAAAGAUAAAGAUCACUCUUCGCACCAGAUGAAAAAUUUAAUGCAUUGAUGUGUGUGUCAGGCUAUGCAAUUUUAAUCACUUUAUACAAUGCACUUGCAAAUAAUGUACAUACAUAUGCACCUUUGGACUGUUUUAAGAUGUUAAAGUAAUGUGCUUUCUCAUUGCAUCUUGUAAUCUAUUGUUCAUGUGUGCACAGAUAUGUUGUUUUUUUUCUGACACAGUGGUAUGUAAUACACACUUGUACAUGAAGUGUGUUUCAAGCUAGAUUAUGUAAUACACACAUGAAUUUGAAGUGUUGUUCAAAGCCACACUAUGUAAUAUACACAUUUUGAAGCAUAUAAAGUGUUCUU